AUGGCUAUGCGGCUCGCUGUCGCCCGCCCAUUGGGCACCGUCGCCCGCGCAUCGAGCUGUCCUCGCGCUGCAGUGCGCACCUUUGCUGCGACGGCACUCCGCGCGAAGGAAGUUACGGGACAGAGCUCCGAGACGCCAAAUAUGCGGUAUGCUCCUCGCGACGAUCAAGGCAAGCUCAAAGCAGCCCUCGUGAACCCGGCAGACAAAUAUAAAGACAAGGGCGAGGCGCUGCACAAAUACGGACAAUAUCUCAUGUCGUGUCUGCCCAAAUACGUCCAGCAAUUCUCGGUGUGGAAGGACGAAUUGACCAUCUACAUCCCUCCAGCGGGCGUCGUUCCUACCUUCACCUUCCUCAAGUAUCACACUGCUGCCGAAUACACCCAAAUCACAGACAUUACAGCCGUCGACUACCCCACCAAGGACCAGCGCUUCGAGGUUGUCUACAACAUGCUUAGCAUCCGCCAUAACAACCGCUUGAGGGUCAAGACCUACGCAGACGAGGCAACUCCAGUACCCAGUCUGUGCGAUCUCUAUGACGGAGCCAACUGGUAUGAGCGAGAAGUAUACGAUCUCUUUGGCGUCUUUUUCGUCGGCCACCCAGAUCUGAGACGCAUCAUGACCGACUACGGGUUCGACGGCCAUCCUCUGCGAAAAGAUUUCCCCAUGACCGGAUACACGGAGAUUCGAUAUGACGAAGAGAAGAAACGCAUUGUCGUUGAACCUCUAGAGAUGACGCAAGCAUUUAGGAACUUCCGUGGCGGCUCAUCAGCAUGGGAGCAGGUCGGUGAAGGAGAUGACCUCAAACCAGAGAAUUUCAAACUACCAACACCCAAGCCCGAGCCACCAAAAGAGGGCGAGCAAAAGAAAUAG